GGGUCCCCAGACCCUCCGGGGGGCCCUGGGGAGGGAACGGGGGGCGGGGAUUUGCGGUUUUUGGGGGGUCCCGCCGCGGUUUUGGGCGCCCCGGGUCUGGUUUUUUGGGACUUCCGUGUUUACCCCGCGGUUGCCAUGGUGAUGCGUCGCGCUGGGAUGACGUAGCGGGGCGGCAGCCAAUCAGCGGUGAGAGCGGGCAUGAGGGGGCGGUGUCACUUUGGGGGGACCGCAGCGCUGCCUGACCCAAGCGAUAUCUCAGGGGCUCGAGGGCUGUCGGGGCUCUCCGGGUGCUGUCGCGAUACAGAAAAUGUCGUGACAGCCGCGGCGGGGGGUUGGGUCUCGUUAUAUCGCGACAAAGCGGCGCGGGAGCCGCGGCGGCGUCGCGCUAGGCCGCGUUUCCAUGGCGACAUCGGGGCGUGGCCAGGGGCGUGGCCAGCGGUCAUAUGGUGGGUUCUCAUUGGUCAGUGGGCGGGGCUCGGGCAGAGGCUCCGCCCCUUUCCCCGGCCGGCAGGGGGCGCCGCGCGCGGAGCGGGGGCGAGCGCGGGGAAUGGAGCUGCGCGGGGGGCCCGAUCCCGCCCGGAGAAGGAGAAAGCGCAAAAAGGACAAAAAACCCAAAGCACCCCCAAGGACCCCCAGCCCCCCCGGCGCGGUGUCCCCAGAGCCGCCCCCCGGCUCUGGCCGAGUCCCCGCCGGGCUCCGACGAGGGCGAGCAGGAGGAUCCCCGCGACUACUGCAAAGGGGGGUACUACCCGGUCCGCAUCGGGGACCUUUUCCACGGGCGCUACCACGUGGUUCGCAAGCUGGGCUGGGGACAUUUCUCCACCGUGUGGCUCUGCUGGGACCUCCGGAGGAAACGUUUCGUGGCGCUGAAGGUGGUGAAAAGCGCCCCCCAGUACACGGAGACGGCCCUGGAUGAGAUCAAACUGCUGAAAUGUGUGCGGGAUUCAGACCCCAGCGACCCCAACCGCGAGAACGUGCAGCUCAUCGACGACUUCAAGAUCUCGGGGGUCAACGGAGAUGUUUGCAUGGUGCUGGAGGUGCUGGGGCACCAGCUGCUGCGCUGGAUCAUCAAAUCCAACUACCAGGGGCUGCCCCUGCCCUGCGUCAAGAGCAUCGUGCGCCAGGUGCUGGAGGGGCUGGAUUACCUGCACACCAAGUGCAAGAUCAUCCACACGGACAUCAAGCCCGAGAACGUGCUGCUGUGCGUGCAGGAGCCCUACCUGCGGCACCUGGCGGCGCAGGCCGCGCGCUGGGGCACGGGGCCGCGGGCCCCCCCGCGGGGCAGGGCAGUGAGCUCGGCACCCCAGGAGGAACCUGAGCGGCUGUCGCGGGCUCAGCGGCGCCGGCGGCGGCGGCGACAGCGGCGACAGCGGCAGCUGCUGGCAGAGAGACUGCGGGACCUGGAGCGGCUGCGCGACACCGCGGGGACACCGGGGACAGGCAGCGACACCGGUCAGUGCUGGGGGGGGACACCGGGGACAGGCAGCGACACCGAAACGCCCCCGGACCCCCCGGAGGAGGGCGGGGGGGAGCCCCCCGAGCGGGGCCUCGUCCUCGGGGGUGCACACGCUGCCCGCGGGGGGGGCUCCAGCGACGGCUUCUCGGGGGGCUCCUGCGCCUCCAGGGGGGGGCCCCCCGGACCCCCCCGCCGCCCCCCCAGCCCCAGCUCGGCCUCGGACUCGCUGUUCACCCCCACCUCCGGCUCCCUCAUCUCGGGGGGCUCCGAGGGGCUCCCCAACCCCUGGGUGAGUGAGGGGGGGCUGCCGGGGGGGCAGGAGAACCCCCUGGACCCCCGCGCCGCCCCCCGGCUGCGCAUCAAGAUCGCCGCUGGCAACGGCUGCUGGGUGCACAGGCACUUCACCGAGGACAUCCAGACGCGGCAGUACCGGGCGCUGGAGGUGCUGCUGGGGGCGGGCUACGGCCCCCCCGCCGACAUCUGGAGCACGGCCUGCAUGGCGUUCGAGCUGGCCACGGGCGAUUACCUGUUUGAGCCGCACUCGGGGGAGGAGUACAGCCGCGACGAGGACCACAUCGCGCACGUGAUCGAGCUGCUGGGGGAGAUCCCGCGGCACGUGGCCCUGGGGGGGCGCUACUCCCGCGAGUUCUUCAACAGGAGAGGUGAGGGCGGGGCCGGGGCGGGGCCGGGGGCGUGGCCAGGGCUGG